GCAAAGUGACGUCACCGUAUAUUUUUUUUUUUAGAGGAAAGGAAAUCUUGAAUGAAAUCUUACUUUACACUAAGUUUAUGAGAAGAAAGCCAUUCAGUUGCCAUUUCACUAUGCGACAGUGAUAACAAGACGGUAAAUAUUUGUAGAAUUUGUGAAAGACCACUCCCGUCAGCAUCACAAUCAUCUGACACCAUGAAUAGCUUAUCGUUCAGUGAGCUUUGUGGUUUGUUCUGUUGCCCACCAUGUCCAUCAAGAAUAGCAGCUAAAUUAGCCUUUCUCCCACCCGAACCAACAUAUUCCCUUAUAUCCGACGAUACGGGUUCCAAGUACAGCCUACAUCUGACUGAGAGAGCAGAAUGGCAAUACACACAAAGAGAACUAGACUGUAUUGAAGUUUUCAUGACCAGGACUUCCAAAGGGAACAGAAUAGCAUGCAUGUUUGUCAGAUGUUCACCCAAUGCUAAAUAUACUAUGUUAUUUAGUCACGGAAAUGCUGUUGACCUGGGGCAAAUGAGCAGUUUUUACAUAGGGCUAGGUUCUCGCAUUAACUGUAACAUUUUUAGUUUUGACUAUUCAGGAUAUGGAAGCAGCUCAGGAAAACCAUCAGAAAAGAAUCUGUAUGCAGAUAUCGAUGCCGCGUGGCAAGCUCUGCGUAGUAGAUAUGGUAUCAGUCCUCAAAAUGUAGUGUUGUAUGGACAGAGUAUUGGCACGGUACCCACCAUUGACCUGGCGUCUAGAUAUGAGGUUGGAGCAGCUAUUCUUCAUUCUCCGCUUAUGUCUGGGAUGAGAGUGGCAUUUCCAGAGACCAAGAGAACAUGGUUUUUUGAUGCCUUUCCAAGCAUAGAUAAAGUACCCAAAAUUACCUGCCCCGUGUUGGUAAUUCAUGGGACAGAGGAUGAGGUGAUAGACUUUUCUCACGGACUCGCCAUUUACGAGAAAUGUCCCCGGGCCGUAGAACCUCUGUGGGUGGAAGGGGCAGGACAUAAUGAUGUGGAGCUAUAUGGACAGUACUUAGAGCGUCUGAAACAGUUUAUAAACAUUGAACUCUCGGUCAAUUGACAACUACUGCAACUUAGGGGGGAGGAUGUUACAUGUAAUGCCACAAGUGCAGACUUCUGUGUUCAGGACUUCGGUAACUCUCUGUCAGCAAUUGUGGCGGACACUUAUACUUCAGACGAUGGCAAUGCAUUUAAAGUUAGGAAAGGCACGGGAAGGCGGAUGAAGAAACACCGAGUCAAGUUAAAGUCUGAUGCUGACAAGAAAACAAAGGGUGAUGUAUCUAGUGUUCCUAGUGGACCAGUGAAGUCUGACGGUGAGCAUAUCAAAGAAAAAGCUCAGGAAGGAGAAACAGAGGUCGUAGUUCAUCCUGUGAGAGAAACUGCUAUUGAUGAACCUUCAGUGGAACAAGAUGCAGUGGACUCAUCUGCCCCAAUUACAGACUCAUCAUCUCAAGUCCAAGAAAAAAAGGAAGUGGAAGAAGAGUCUCAUUCUGAGCUCACGGAGAGUCAUAAAAACAAUGGACAAGUAAAAAGUGAUCUGGAAUGCCCGUCAGAAGAAGGGGGGUGUCAUGAUAUGAGAGAGUCUGAAAACUCCUCUCCAGCUGAAAGCCGUGUUUCUUGUGAUGUUCAUAUACAAGAUAUCAUUGUAGAAGUCAACAACAGUAUUCCCAUCAGGAAUUGUGAUGACGAUGAGAACGAUCUUGUUGAAUCUACGGAUCUGUAAAAUUAAAUUCGGCAGCAGCUGCAUGUAGCUUCUACUCUAGCAAUAAAUUUAUUUAUUAUCAGAUAUGUUAGAACAACUACAGAGUCUGUUUUUUCUUCCUGUCCAAAGUAUGAUUUUUUCCCCCUAUUAAGUGACUGGGGAAAUUGGAAUUUUGCUUUUAUAAGUAAAACAGUUUUUUUUUUUUUAAAUCCUCAUUUGAAAAUGGUAUAUUUUAUAAAAAAAACCAGAAUAAUUACCUUGGUACUGAACAUAAAGGAUAGAUUUUUUUCUCUCCAGAAUAUGAAAAAUGUGAAUUUUUUCUCAGUAACUAUGUGAAGAGUUGUCUUUCUUUUGCCAAAAUGGAUAAUUGUAAACAGUCUGCUUUUGUAGACCAGCUUUAUAUACAGUGAUUUCUGUAGCUCAAAUGUGUUUCAGCUGUGUUUCUCAACUUUUUAUGACUACAUUUUGCAUAUGGUAUCAAUGAUAAGUUCUUCAAAAAUAAAUACAUAUUCAAGAACAAAACAUCUCAAAGGAGAUGUACAUUUUUGCUUGAUAUGGUUUGAAAAGCAAAAGGUUUUGUCAUAUGAAUUUAUGAUAUGUUGUAGAUCUUGUUAUUAUACUUAUAUUUAAUAAUAUGUAUAAACCUGCAUGUUACAAAAUAUGAUGAUACAUGCACAAGAAACAAAUGGAGUCAGUGAGUUCAAGUAUGUAUAAAUUAUAUCUCUUAAAUUGCUUUAUGUACAUUAAUUAGGUGUAUUAGUCAUAUGAUUUUUGUAAAAAUGUAAUAUUACACUAAAUAAUACUGUAACAUCUCUGCUUGUUCGUGCAUGUUAGUCGUUAUGUGUUUGUGUGCAAAAUUCUUUGUAAGGGGCUUUUAAAGAUUUCAGAGGAGAUGCACUGAUAUUGAUAAAAAUGAAAAUAUCAUUUAAUGUUUCCUUAAAACUAAAUGUUUUGUGACAUUGCAUCCUUUGGUAAAAUUAUUUGGCACAUUUUAGAGUACAAAGUGUUAUUUGUAGGUACUCUAUUAUUUACAUGACUGUAUAUUUUGUUUUGUUAAAGCAUGAAAAAGGCAUGUUCCCCAUCACUGACAUCAUUCAAUGCUUUAGCACUGUAGUAGUGACAUUGUGUAUGCAUGUAUUUAUCAUAUAAAAUAUGACGUUGUUUCUGUCCAACACAAAUAGAUCUCUGAUUUAGAGUAGUACAUGUAUUUCUGCCAUAUAUCUUGUGUUCUAUGUGAAUGUAUCAUUUCAUAUGCAUGUUUUUUUUUUUUGGUGUAUAGUACAUGUACAAUUGCUUUUAUAAAUCACAAAAAAGAUAUUAAUUGUAUUCUUCAGUUCAAAAGACAACUUGAAAUUUUUUGAUAUUGUUACAUAGCAGUUAUCAUAGAUGUAUUUUGAAUUUGAUGUGAAACAUCUUAUUCACCUAAAUCUAAGACAGAUUUUACCUGAACAUAUCUUUAAUUUAGAGAUAAGAAAAAUUAAAUGGAAAAUGCAAUGUGAGGAUCACAAACAUGUUUACUUCAUAGUCAUGCAAAACAUUAUUUACUUCAUCAUGUUGGUAUUCAUUCAAAAUAUUAUUGUAUGAGCAAAACAAAAAAAAUCUGUCCUCAAUGAAACAGCAUGAUAACAAUAAUAAUGAUUAUGUGAUUAAGGAGAAAUUAACACCUCAUUUUAAGGAACACAUGCUACAAAUAAGACGUCAACUUCGUGAGGUGUCUAGAGCUUAUUGAUAUUAUUAAAUAAACAAGUCACUUAUGAAAAUGAGAUCAGAAUUUAAUAACCUUUAAUUGAACUUUUGAAUAAUUCUCAAAUUAUAGGAUAUGUAGAUGGCAAAAUAACAUUUGUUUAAGAAAUUUUGCAGUCAAAAUUAUCAUACCAGAUAUUUAACAACUUACAUACUUUCCAAUGAAACUUAUGGAGAUAACGAACAAUAAUCAAGAUCCAAAGUCCAUAAAACAAAACAAAGCAGGAGAAGGAUAAACAUGGACCUCUAAAACAUCAGAGGUGGGAUCAGGUGCCAUGGAGAAGUGAGCAUAUCCUGCCGACCGGUCACACCACUGUAUAUUAGAGUAUAUGUUAAACCUCCUCCAAACCCAUUUCUGAAAAAAAAAUGGGGGAUGGGGGAGGGGGUGAAAAUUGUAAAGGAAUCACCAUGUCCAGUUGUCUGUCUUUUGCUUGUUUCUUGAGUCAACUUUUAAAUUAGAGACAUUAAAAUUUACAGUUAAGUUGGCUUCUGAAUAAAGAAUCUAAAUGUUAAAUUCUUGUCUGUGCUAUAGUUUUGUUCUACAAAGAAAGCAGAAGUUCAUACAUCUCUUAUUUUUUCAACCACAGGGUGUGUCAUGAACAAAAUUAAGAUUGAAGGGUUUUGAUACACAAUGUUUUGUUUGGUCUGUGAAAAUUGUAAUAUAAAGUAAAAAGAGACACUGGUAAUUUAGACAGAUAAUGCCAUGACUAAAGGAUUAAACUUGACCUUGAAAAAGGUCAGGUCAGUUUGAGAAGAUCAAGGUCAUGAUUUUAUCAAAGAAUAAUAUAAUUCAUAUUUCAUACUUUAUGAAGAUUACUACUUAUGUAAUAACCUUGAGAAAAGACAAUUUGUAAAGGUUCCAGAACUUGGAAAGGAAUAAUUUUGCUUUAGUCACUGAAUGGGAUAAUCAGAGAUUGCAGAAAAAUAACUGCAAGAUUGAUUUUGAUCAUAACUUAUAUAUAAAUUGAAUAUUAACUUAUUCCUACACUUAAUGAACAAUAAAUACAGUUGAUAAAUAUCAAUGGUAAUGGAAUUAAUUUCCUGAUCCUUCCCAGUUUCCUACGUUCCAAUUAAUGUUCAAUUAUACCAUUUACAGUGUUUCCUGUGGUUGGUACAAAUCCUAUUUGGACACAUUUAGGAACUUUGAAAACAUAAAUUAAUAUUUCAGGUGUUAAUAAGUUACGGAUGUCAUAUUUAUAAAUUACCUACAUGUACAGAUGGUAAAUUUACUGCAAUGAAUAUAGAAGUUGAUAUGUGCAUGGGGAAUUAUAUUGUUUUUUACACAAACUAAUGUUGUCAGCUUUCUUGCAGAGACUGCCUAACAUCAGAGUAUGGCAAUAUUAUAUUUUUUUCAUAAGAAUACAUAAAUUUUCAAUUUUUUUUUCUGAAUAUACGUAUGAUUUUUUUUAAAUGAGUAUAAAAUAGAUUCAUUUUCAAUUAAACUUGUUCUUUCAUUGAUAUUUGGCUUGUAAUUCAUUUAAUAAUAUGAAACAUAGUCUGUUUUCCUAAGUGCAUGUAUAGAAAUAAAAUAAUUGUCUCCUCAAUUUGCAUAAUUACCAAACAUUAAAAAGUAUUUCCUCAACAUGUACUCAAAUUAAUUUUCAUGAAAUAGGAUUAAACAGAAUUAUAGAUAUCAUUGAAUGUGAAUGUAGCAUGGCCGUAGAUCAGUUCCAAGGGGCUUGUUAGACAAUCAUAUGCAAGGUCGAAUGUUCUUAAUAAUUAGAUGAAUUAUAAAAUUUUUGAGUUUUAAUUGUUUAAUGAUUGAAUGUAUACAUUUUUAUCACAACAUUUUCUGUUUGUCCUAUAGAGCUUAUACACAGAACACCGAUGGAUUGUAAAAGUAAACAAUGCGAUCUCAUUCAUAAGUAAUCAGAAUAUGAGGCCAUUUUAUGUCGGGAAUUGAGUGUUUGUUUCACCAAAUGUAUUUAUCAAGUUUGUACAUGUCUCUUUAGAGAUCGAUAUAAGGAAAAUAAAAACUGCAUGCUCUGUCAUUUAUAUUAUCAACUCCUAUAUCUGUAUUUGGUACCUUGUACAUAUUUGUAGCAUGUGAAACAGAUAUAAAGAUAUCAUACAGACAAUGUACGUGUUCUGUGUUUCAGGAGAUUGAAUGUAUGUCUGAACAUUUUUUAAAAUAAAAUCAUGGAACAUCA